CGUAAAAACAGUGUCAACUCAGUCAAGGGGAGGGGAGGCGGGACAUCUCCAACAUCCAGAAGCUCAUUGGCUACGGAUUGACGCCGAGUCUUACGUCAACAUACCAAUUUUGAAGUUACCGGACUCCCGCUCCUCCUGUGCGUCUCCGUGUUUUGGCUCAUGAUCCGUCCCGGAUCUUCAGACACUAAAAUCCAGCCUCCUUGGAGAAACCGGCGCUCAAAGCACAAACCGGAAAGAUAUCGCCCUCCUGGACCCCGCAGCCGCUCCGCUUCUGUCCCAUUAAGGUCUGGAAUCAGAGGAGGAGGAGGGUGGGAUGCUGAAGAGUGAUCCCCCGAGGAUGCUGCCCAUCAGAUCCACAGAAACCUUCCUGUUUGGCGCGUCAUGACGCGCGCUCGCGCUCUCAGAUCCUGUUAACCAAAGUGCAAAAGGGGGCAUGUGAGGCGCGCUCACACUGCACACGGGACAGUUUUAAAUGCAGAACCUCUCAUCAGUGGUCGGGAUGGUCAGCCACUGUCAGACCCCAACCUUCCCGGACUUUGCCGGCUUGGCACUCUCCGUGUUUGGCGGCAAAACGGAGAUCUGCGGCCGCCGCGCGGGAAGCGGCGCCUUUGGAUCUCAGAUGUGCCGGAGCCCGCCGCACCACAGCGCGGGUCACGGGAACUGCGCCAGCCCGAAGAGACGCACUCUGUCCGAGGAACGGACGCACCUGGCGGGCAAAGGCGCGCGCCUGAGCCUCCCUCUGCCUCCGGGUCACGUGAACGGUUUCUACUGCUCGGAGAAGGAUGCAGAUGCACAGCCGGGUGAGGCUGAGGGCACCCUGAUGCGCGGUGGGCAGAGCCUGGCGCUGCCUGGGGGGGGUCAGUCCAAUGCGCUUUACCCUCACAGCCUCCACUGCAGCAGACCUGGAGCCGACCUUCUUCUGCAGGACGGCCCUCAGGACACCAGAGGCUGCUCUGCCUUCCACGGGACCCCAGCAGGGGCCUCGCCAAGCCUCGGCUGCGGUGCCAACAGGGGCUGCUCCUCUGCCGCUUACCCCAUCAAGCAGGAGAACUCAGCCGGCUACAAGAUCUCUGGAGCCCAUGGCCCAUCCCAGACCGGCUUUCAAGCCUGUCGGGCCAGCCAGGGGUUGGAAGCGUCAAGAGACGGGAUGGUUGACGCUGCUCGCGCUAGCAGCAGCAAGCGAGCGUGCGCACUGAGGUCUUUGGGUAGCGGCGUGUCAGGAGACGCAGCACAACCUUUUAAUAAUGAAGAUGGCUCCUCCCCACUGGCUUUGUCCCCAACAGACUCCCAUCAUUCAGCACGGCCGCUCAGUGCCAGCGAUGUGAAGAGACGCUGCCUGCUGCUGGCCUCUCAUUCCUCCACCGCUGCAGGUUCCCCGUCAGAGGCCGGCGCCGCCUCUGACGACCUCAACCUCACCGCCAUCCUCUGCUCCUCCCAGAUGUCCAUGGUCGCCGGCGUCUGCGGGUUCCAAGCUAACGUCUCGCCCUGCAGCACCGGCUUCUCCUCCACUUCCUCUUCCUCUUCUAUGUCCCCACCCUCUGCGAGCUGCCCACAGGGAGCCUCCCAAAGGCCCCCACCGCGUAGGAGCCCCCAGCAGGCCAUGCUACAGGAGAGCUGCCAGCUGUCCUCACCUGGCACCUGCCUGUUGUCCCUUUCCUCUUUUUCAUCCUCCUCUUCAGAGUCAUUGGUGGAGCCGGAGUGCCAGAGCUCGGGGCUUUGCGAGGAGCGGGGCUCCGUUCCGCGGGGCCGAAGGGCCGGAGGAGUGGGAGGAGCAAGAGGCUCCGACGGCCUGGGGCUGCUGUUGACUGGGACCAUCAUGUCCGGGACUUUGCAUCCAGGAGCUGAAGUCGGGGGGGUUCUGGAUGGGGUUCCAAGGUCCGGGGCCGCACUGAAGCAGGAACCCCUGGAUGACUUUUCCCCCAGCGAAGACGAGCUAUUUCAGCACCACUACCAGCGCCACCAUCAUGGUCCCAGUGGACAUCUGCGUCAAAGUCAUCAUACGCCUCGCUCCACCAUGCCCCCUCCUUAUCACUUACACCAGUACUCCGGAGCUGGCCCUGGGGGGCCACUACACCCCCAGAGUCAGCCAACAGCAUCUGCAUCCUCCCUGGGACUUAAAGCAACUGUCAGAGGCCGGCACGUGCCCCAUACUGCCCCGGAGCGGGACGAAGCAGAAGGAGGAGCGCCGGCGGAGAAGCAGGUGUGUCGCUGGAUAGACUGCAGUGCCGCCUAUGAGCAGCAGGAGGAGCUUGUGAGGCACAUAGAGAAAGUCCACAUCGACCAGCGCAAAGGUGAGGACUUCACCUGCUUCUGGGCCGGCUGCAUCCGCCGCUACAAGCCCUUCAACGCCCGCUACAAGCUGCUCAUCCACAUGCGGGUCCACUCUGGAGAGAAACCCAACAAGUGUAUGUUUGAGGGCUGCAACAAAGCCUUUUCCCGCCUGGAGAACCUGAAGAUACACCUGAGGAGCCACACGGGAGAGAAGCCGUACCUGUGUCAGCAUCCCGGCUGCCAGAAAGCGUUCAGCAACUCCAGCGACCGAGCGAAGCAUCAGCGGACUCACCUGGACACGAAACCAUAUGCCUGUCAGAUCUCUGGCUGCACAAAGCGCUACACGGAUCCCAGUUCCCUUCGCAAACACGUCAAGAUCCACUCGGCGAAGGAGCAGCAGGUGCACAGGAAGCUGCGGCCAUGCCCCCACCUGGAGCAGGACGUCCUGAGCAACUGCCUGUCCAUGCAGCAGCUCCAGAGCUCCGCCUCCUCGCAGCCCCCUCCUGCGCUGGCAGCAGACAUCUACGCAGGUCUGUAUGCUGACUCCAACACACCCCAUCACAGUGCCUCAGUAGAGCUCCUCGCCCCCAACCCUGCCUCCAUCACUGACCUGACCCCCCGACAACAUCGACUAGACCAGGACCUUGAAAGUCCUCAUCAUCUGUCCCCACUGACGGCCAUGGAUGGAACGAGGAAUGGAGUUUUAGGCUCCCUCCUGCCUGCCGGGUUAAAGGCAGAUCCUCCUCUGGAGAAACAGCAUUCCCACCUUCAUCACAAACCAUAUCCUCAGUACCAUCAUCAUCAUCAGACAGCAGGUGAAGAAUACCAAGGCAACUUUCAGAGCUGUUUCCACUUUGGAGACUCCUACAGGAUGGAGCAAGCGGUGGAUGGUGUCCACGCCCCCGGAGACUCGCACCUGUACGCUUCCCAUCAGCACAACGGCUUCCACAUGCCGGCCAGCAGCACGGGCUCUGCAGGCUUCGGUUUGGUGCCGGAGCUCCAGGGAGGCGCAGGGUGUCCUCCGUUCCCCUCCACUUCAGAGGACAACCUGUUCUUCCAGGGGGGCAGCUUUGACCGCAGCUUGAGCCACAUGUCGUCCGUCUACACAGAGACAUGAAGCGCCCCUGGAGGUGCUCACACAUCUGCAGAGCUCUGCUCUCACGUCCCUAAAAAUGUCCCCGAUCCAUCCGAGUUCAGCGUGAAACUGCUCUUCAACAAACCGCAGACGACGCACGCCAGCGAGAUCUCUCUGAUUCUGAUUCAAAACCAUCUUUAUUGGCAAAGAUCUCCACAUUUAUGGCAUAUUGAAGGACUUGGUGCUAUAACCAUCACAGCCCUCUGGGAGUCUUCACCUCUAACAUCUAAGAACGUCAAGAAUCUGUUCUCCUGGAGGAACUUCUGGGUUCUCUCCAAUCUACAGCUUUCAAUCUACUUUAGACUGAAGUGUAGUCCAGAAUAUAUCAUGUUGCAGUGAUGUUUAAAUAAUGCAAAAAAAAAGGGGAAAUUUCUGUUUUUGUUGUUUUUCUUUUGAUUUAUCUCUGCAGGGGGAGGGAGGGAGGGGGGUCUGGAUUUUUAAUUCUGCAGGAUUGCUGAUAAAAAAUUGACCUCUCAUCAUUAUUAUUGUUAUUAAAUGUAUAGAUGUACAGUUUGUUUACAGCGAUUCUUUGAAUUUUCUCAACAGAGGAAAUAAACGGUGGGCUGACUGCAGCUGCGUGCUCCUUCUGCCCCCUAGCGGACACAGAAAA